UAGGACUGCAAUGGUUUGCCUUCGACUCUGCAAAUCAUUCAGUCGUUACAAUGAAACCAUCCGGCCUACUCGGAUUGGCCGUGUUUGCCGCCAUAGUUCGUUUAGCCAAAACGGCCGACACUGCUGACGAUGAAGCCGCCAAAAGGAUUGCUAUGCUGAAAUGCCAACAUUAUCUGGACAUGGUUUCGAUUCCGCACAACAUCAUGACGCUGGAGAUGGACUCCCAGGUUCGGCAGGUUUACAGCGUGCACUGCCCGCUGCAGAACCCAUACGUGGUUGGUGGUCGCAGCGUUGAAAAGUACGAAUUUCCGCACAUGGUGGCGCUUGGAUUUCGGUCAACGGGCGAAACGUACACGUUCGAGUGUGGUGGAACGUUGAUCAGUGAGCGGUUUGUGGUGACGGCCGCCCACUGCAUCAAUAUCAACCUGAUGAUCGUACGCAUUGGAGUGGUGGAUUUGAACGACCCCGAAGCGGAGGAUAUCCGCAUCGAGGAGAGCAUUGUUCAUGAGGACUACUCUCCGGAGACGAGGUAUGAUGAUAUUGCUUUGCUUAGGUUGGUUCGGAACGUAACGAUAUCGCUACAUGUGAGGCCGGCAUGUUUGGGCACAGAUCGUACCGAGCGGAUUCAUCGAGCCACCGUGACUGGGUGGGGUAAAACAAGUCAGGAUUCGUACCUGUCAGAUAAGCUUGGCAAGGUGUCAUUGGAUGUCCCAAGUGAUCGGAUGAAAUGCGCCCGGAUGUACCGAGGCAUUGGACAGAGCCCGUUGAUAGAUCGUCAAAUAUGUGCUGGAUCCCUGGAGGGUAAUCAAGAUGCCUGUCACGGCGAUUCUGGGGGACCGUUGCAGGUGUUCGAAGAGGGGGAAUGCCGAUACCAUUUGGUGGGAGUGGUUUCGUAUGGGAAAAUAUGCGGAUCAGCUGAGUAUGGACUGUAUACGAGGGUUUCGCGCUAUCUGGGGUGGAUUGUAAAAACGGUCUGGCCGAACGAUUGGACGCAUCAAGAACAUUGGGAGGACUGGUAGAUUAGAUUUGUUGUCAUUUCAGUACCAUUGCUGUAUGCCUUUUUUUUGAAUAAAAUAACGGUAUAAGAAAUGGAAUAACAAUUUUUAUUAAAAAUUUUACUUACAUAUUGUUGUCCCGCUUCUGUUUCACAAACUCAGACUGCUUGAACAAACCUUGGUUGGUGAGCACCAAUCCAGUUUUUGUUACAGCCGUCGAAAUUUUGUCUUGAUUAGAAACGAAAUUAAUUGUAUCAAAUAAUGCUAGAACAUGGUUAUCCGGUGGAACAAAUACAGCUGAUUUGUGUAA